AUGCCGUCUUCACCAACACCCGAGCUAUCAACGACCACGACAGAGCGGCCUGCGACCACCACCAGCACUGCUCCUAGUACAACCACAGUGCGCAAACAAAUGCUUCGCUUCGAUAUUCUUUUCCUUAUCGAUGUCAGUAAAGAGGCCAAAGGGCGAUUGGAUGAAAUGAGCGGUUUCGUAACGUCCGUGAUGUCCGCUUACGAUGUCUCCCAGUGGAAUGCCCGUGUAGCGUUGGUGGCUGUCGGAAGUGAUGCAAUGGGCUCGGAACCGAUUGCAAACUUUGAUUCAAUUGAUUCAAACCAGGAUAUGCUACAUUACAUCAAUCUAAUGUACAACUACACAGAUUUCAAACAUGAAGGCCAA